AUGAGCGCGGCGGGGAGCCCGCUCUGCUCAAGGGCACCAAACCCCCAUGUCUCAUCCAGACAUGCUGACUGCCAGUCUCCAAACCAGGAGGAAUUUACUCCUCUCCCUUCUAUCAGUGAGCGCUUGGCUCGUCUCCAUCCUUCCCGGGAGCUGCUGGAAUACUACCGCAAGAAGAUUGCUGACUUUGAUGAGGAACAGGAGGAUUUGGUAAAAAGGCUGGAGAGAUACAAAGAAACGUAUGACAAUCAGCACAAGUUGCAGUGGGAAGUCCGUCAGCUGGAAGAGGAGGUUUCAAAGUUGCAGAAGGCUUUGAGUGAUAUGCAAGUCUACCUUUUCCAGGAGAGGGAACAUGUCCUUCGUCUUCACUCAGAGAAUGACCGGCUGAAAAUCAGGGAACUGGAGGACAGAAAAAAAAUUCAGCAUCUCCUGACUGUAAUGGGAGCAGAUGGAGAAGUUACAUAUUUUCACAAUGAGCCUCCACAUAAGGUUACUGUUCUGCAAAUGCCAGCAGAGUCACAUGAACGAGAUGAUGCUUCCACCCCAGGUACCGAGAGGAGCACUUCAAAAGAAACAGUACAAGGAGAAAAACCAGAAGAGAGAUAUCAGUGUGUAAAUCAAACACUUCUACUACAGAUCCAGGCCUUGCAAGCUCAAAUAGAAGAACAGACACGAUUAUCCAAGGAACAGGUCGAGGCACUACUAGAGGACAGGCGGAUUCACAUGGAGGAAGCUGAAGUCCAGCAUCAGAGGGACCAGGAGAAGAUCAAAGCUGUAACAGAGAAGCUCCAAAAGACACAAAAUCUCUUAUAUGAGAGUACCCGUGACUAUCUCCAGCUGAAGUUUGAUGCCAGAGCCAAUGAGAAAGCAUGGAUGGCAGAGAAGGACUGUCUGUUGAGGCAACUUGGCAAAGGUCUGGAUCAACUUGUUUUCAAUAGUCCAUCAGGACAAAAGAAGCAUAAAGGUACCAAGAAGAUGCAUCGAGCUGAUGAUGGAGCUUCAAAAGUCCAAAGCAGAGAAAUAAAGUCACUGCAGGAAAAGCUAAUGCAGGAACAACACCUAUCACACAUGUACAGAGAGCAGUGUGUCGCCCUGGAAGGCGAGCUGGCUAGGAUUCGUGAGGAGAGAGAUGCUGGGAAAGAACUCUUUAAGGAACGCUCAGAAAAGAUGGGGAAGCGCCUGAAGCUGAUGACUCAGCGAUGUGAGGCCCUGGAAAAACGUCGUAGUAUGGAAGUAGAAGGCUUCAAGAAUGACAUUAAACAGCUUCAGCAGAAACUGAAAGAUGUAGAGAAGCAGAUUUACAAGGUGACUCUGAAUAUGGGACCAGAGCAGGAUCUUGCAAUUCUACGUGAGGUCCGCCAAGGAAACAGACUAACACGUAAAAUUCAAGGACAACUGAAGGACUUAAAAACAAAAAUCUUCUGUUUAGAGAAUGAACUACGGGUCUGCUGAGGCUGAAUUGUUAGCUGACAUCCUAGUUUUGGGAAUGAGAUAUUGCUAAGUGGAAUAGUCAUAUGCAAGAGUAGCUCCUGCUUGUCUGUUUCCUGGCAUCCAUUGACAGAAGGUUUGAGGAAAUCUGCAGUUAAUGUCAUAACAGUGUAUGAGCCGUUCCCAGAGUGCCAGAUUAUAUGGCUGUUUCAGCUGAGAGAUGGCACCUGGUAAGACUGACACAGAAAGUACAUGAUGACUGAUAUAUCAGGAGUGUGUGUAUUACUUCUUCUUUCCUUCAUA